ACAUUUCAAUUUCCCCAACAACAAUUCCAAUAUUCCCCACAUUAUUUGAUCUUUCACUACUAAAAAUGGCCAACACACCAAAUAAUUUCUUCCCGUACUACUCUCCACCACCACCGUCACCGCCACAUGUUCACCCCCCUCCACCACCGCCACAUGUUCACCCCUCUCCACCACCGCCUCACGUACACCCGCCGCCAUCUAUACCACCACCUGCCCCAUCACCCGACGACGGUCCAACAGUCAUAGUCAUUGUGUUCAUAUCAUGUGGUGGUGUUUUCUUCCUUGCAUUCCUUGCGGUUGUUUUGUUUUGUUUCCUUAGGAAGAAGAAGAAGAAGAAGAAUGUCGAAGAAACCGAUCUCAUUCAUGUGGAUGAACAUAAGAAGAUCAAAGAGCAAAUUGUGGAAGGUCCUCAUGGAGUGGAAGCUGUGGCAUUAUCCACUCAGGAUGAUAUCCAUGUUGACGAAGUUAUAAAGAAAUGAAAAGGAGACGUUUGGUAAAGGCUCUACCACUCCUCCUAGUGCCAUUGGUAUAUCUGGUCCUGCUUUCUCAUCAGCUGGUUCUGUUGAUCAUCACCACCAUAAUGAACACAAAGCUUGGUAAUUAAUAAUAUUGUACAUGUUUGAUUGGAAGACAAAAAAUAUGAACAAAACUUAGGUGUGAUAUUUUAUUUUAUUUAUCUUUUUUUUUUCCGUUUCUUUAAUUUGAAUUUAAUAAAGUCUGGUCUACUUUUGCCAUGUUUUUUUCAUGUUAUAUAUAUAUUUUUUUCUUUCUUCUUAUUAGGUUUGUAAUAAAUUUUAUGAACCAAAAUGUAUUCAUUAUAAGUUGAAGGGAUUGUAUUUUAUUUAUUUUUAUUGUUA